UUUCUAAUAUUUACUUCUCUACGUUGCUAAUUAGAUAUCUAACUAUUAUUGAUCUGAAGCAAAUCCACUAAGUUAUGGGCAUACAUGGACAAAAGAGGAGUUAGUAAAGCUUAUAAGGACAGUAAGAGAUCUCAAAUACAAUGGGUGUAGUGGUUACGUUAACAUGGGCAAUAAAAUUAGUGAAUAAUUCGUAAUAACUAAAGGAGUCAGACAGGGGUGUGCUCUAGCAUUCACUCUAUUCAAGAUUUACCCAGAAGAAGUCCUAUAAAGAAAUGGAAACGCAAAUGUUAUGGAAUAGAGAUCCCUAUUUGUGAUGAAACUAUUUGCUGAUAACCAUCAGGUUCUGAUAGCCGGCUACAGAAACGAUUCCAGUUACGUGUUCAGGAAGCUGGACGAAGAAUUUGAGACAUGGGCAUUGACAAUUGGUCAUGAGAAGACUAGUAAGGGGAAGCGACAGGCAGUACUUCCACGUAGGAUAUCACAAACUGAAGAAGUGUAGUAGUUUCAAACACCUUGGUGUCACCAUAUCGAAUACAGAAGAAUAAAAUUGGACAUGGGCGACGAGCAAUGAAUACAAUUCUCUGGAAUAACAAAAUUACAAAUGGGACAACAAUUUACAAGAGUGCCAUUGAGAGAAUCACCACAUACGGUCUGAGAUAUGAGAACUGACCAAAAGUAUUAAACAGAAAUUGCUGUCCCCAGAAUUGGACAAAUGGAGAAGAUGCUGUGUAAUCUUACGCCUGAACCACGUAAGAAAUUACAGAAUUAGAGAAAUAAUGAAUGUUGAAAAUAAUAUCCUAGAUACAAUAGAAAAGAAACGGCUAUCAUAGUACGGCCAUUUACAGAGAAUAAACGAAGCCAGAUGGCCAAUAAAAUUUUUCCAAUGGAUUCCACCGGGGAGAAGAAAACGCGGCAGACCCCCAUGAAGACAUGACAUGGAUGAAGCCAUGAGGGUUAGGUGCUAGAGGACUGCAAAUGGCAAGAUUACCAGGACUGAAAAUUGAUAAUCGAGAAAUACUCGCGGUAUAAAGAAAUAGUAAGGGAUGUAGAAUGUUCUAGUUAUCGGGGAAUAUGAAGAUUGACUCAGAAUAGCAAAAGAAGUGGAGGUUCAACCAGUUUCCGAACCUUAUGAUGAUGGUGAUUUUACACUAUUUAAAAACAACGCUUGAUAUAUGAAGUCUUUAGGAUCCAUCUAGAUAAGUGCAAGAAUCGUCGUCAUUCAAUAUUAAAAGAAAAUAACUUAAUUCACUUUAACAUAACGGCCAAGUUAAUGGAAAGAAUUUAGAGGAGUUAAGAUUAACGGUUAAAUAUAAGUCAGAACCAAUUAGGAAAGUAAUGUCUUUACUUGAUUAAAAAACUGACACCAACGGUUCGCCUCUUGUUGGGAGGCUCUAACACAAACAACUCGUAAUUGACUAAAAAACCUACUUUGAUAAAGCCACCCAACAAGAGGCGACCGUCGUUGUCGGUUCUGUAAUCAAAUAAAGAUAUUACUACCCUUAUUGGCCUUGACCCAUUUUCAUGCAUAGAACUAGGGAAAGAUAUAGCGAAUAAAUUAAGGUAGUCAAUUUAUAUUGUCUUAAUUAAUUGAUCAUUUAGUGAUUUUACUCGAAUCAUCUCUAAUACCAUGAAGAACUAUUUCGAUAUUUAUGAGUACGCAUAUAUUUUUCGCGUAAAAAAUCACAAAAAUAUAUGCAUUCUUAAGAUGCGCGAUUUUAUUGCAGAUAGAUUAUUUAUACACACACACAGAUAAUUACUGAAAACUCAAAAGUUAGUGAUUAACUUUCAAGACUACAAUUGUACUGCAGUUGUGGAUUUUGAAAACCUAUACUGAUACGAAAGGACAGGAUUUCCCGAAGAUUCUAAGAUGGUUAUGUGUCUGGCAUCUUCAAGGAAUUUUGUUAAAGCUUUUUCAUAGAGAAGCACUCCACGACCGACCCUGAACAUGCUCCUUGCAAAUGCCAGUCGUAGAUUAAUUUCGUAGAUUUUAAACAAUUAGCGGUUUUCUUUAAUUAUUUCGCGAAACUACCAGACGUGGAUCUGAUCUCAUCAGCACGCCAUAAGCAGUCUCGAUAAUAAAUCUCCGAAUUAAGUUGUGUCAGUUACAGUGCAUAUAAAUGUGUUAUUUUUACGCAAACCGGUUCAAAAGGUAAGUAAGGUAAGGAUAAUUAAUUUAAUUUGUUAAUUUAUUGUACCAGGUGUAAAAAAUAAUGUUAGCCACUGUAAAUAACUUUCAUAGAAUACUUUCCAACCUUGAGAGUUACUCGUAAUAUGAUUCAACUGCGCAUAAACAUUAUACGCGAUCUAUAGAAAGGAAAAUAAAUAUAUGUAUGUAUGUAUGUAUGUAUGUAUGAAUGUAGUCUCUAGAAAAGUUGCUAAAAGUUUAUUAAAUCUACUUGGAAGAAGAACACAGUAAAUCAAAUCGAGUUGGAGAAAAUAUUUUUGAUAGUCGUUGCUCUAGUGCAUGUAAAAUUAAUGUGAAGUUUUCUAUUUAACUUAAUUGUAUGUGUUUUAAAUGUUUUAUUUUUUUGAAUUAUUAGUAUGAGUCAGUAUGAGUGAUUGGAGCGAUAGUUCUCCUUAUCAAACGACUUACAGCGAGGAAGAACGAAUUGAAGAGUACUUGAAAAAGCGUAAAGAACGUAGAAUAAAGGAAUAUAAUGAAAUUGAAGAGAAUAGGAAAACUUUAUUUCAAACAUAUUACGAGGCAGAAAUACGCAAAGCGGAUUCAUUAUUUAACCAGCCUGGUAUUGCCUUUAUAAGAUUCAAUCACAAGAAAAUCAAAUUCAGUUUUACUCCAUGCGAAGUUGUUGAUUAUGUGAGUUGCCGGGUUAUUUUCUAUGUAUCGCUCCGCUAUCGAAAUAAUCAUUGGUUAAUAUUGAGAGACACAAUUCCUGCUAAUUACAAAAUGCCGGUAUAUAAAAAAUUUUACAAAGGAAAUUCAUUCCGGUCGGAUGACGAUAUUAUGAAAGGAAUUAUGUAUAUUUACAUUCUACUGAUGGAAUGGGCCAAAGAACAUAGUAAUUUUCGAUUAGAAAAAUUCAAGAGAUAUAAGUCUGGAGAAGAUGUUUUUCUUGAUAGCGAUGAUGAAGAAAUAUUUCUGUCGCAAGAAGAAAUAUCUGAACUCCACGCCAAAAGAGAAGCAGUUCUUAAACGAAUGGUUGCACCCUCGCCUAAAAAACCGAAAGGGGGUUAUUUUUUACGAUAGAGCAUAAAACAUUUUUUUUGCUUAAGUAUUAACUCUAAAAUUAGUUUAUUUUUAAUUUUAUUAAGAUUUAUAUAAAGUAAUGCGUAUUUUUAAGGACUAUAUUUAAUUUAUUACUUUCAUAACAAUACAUCAAUUUCUGAUCACAGUC